CUUUUGGACUGUCAGAAAGAAAAUUCUCGCGAUUUCUUUGCUCCGCUAAAUUUAUUUAUUUCUCCGCGAAAUCAGUGUGAAUUGCCCUGAAAAUGGCAUUCGUGAACAGAUUAAUGCUUCGUCCUCUCUAUCAGGCCUCGAGAGCUCUUCACACAACUUCUGCGGUGAAUAAUGCGGCUCCAGUGGCGAAGCCGGAGGGCAGGAUAAAGUGCACGAUGAUUCCCGGCGACGGCGUCGGACCGGAGCUGAUGUACUCCGUCCAGGAGGUGUUCAAGGCUGCCGACGUGCCGGUGGACUUCGAGACGUACUUCCUGUCCGAGGUCAAUCCGCUGCUCAGUGCGCCGCUUGAGAACGUCACGGCGAGCAUCAAUAAGAACAAGAUCUGCCUGAAGGGAAUCCUGGGCACGCCCGACUACAGCCGCACCGGCGAGCUGCAGACGCUGAACAUGAAGCUGCGCAACGACCUGGACCUGUACGCUAACGUGGUGCACGUGCGGAGUCUGCCGGGCGUCCGCAGUCGCCACCAGAACAUCGACUGCACGAUCAUCCGCGAGCAGACUGAGGGCGAAUACUCGGCGCUGGAGCACGAGUCCGUGUCCGGUGUCGUGGAGUGCCUGAAGAUUGUCACGGCGAAGAAGUCGCUGCGCAUCGCCAAGUUCGCAUUCGAUUACGCCACGAAGAACAACCGCAAGAAGGUGACUUGCGUGCACAAGGCGAACAUCAUGAAGCUGGGCGACGGGCUGUUCCUCAAGAGCUGCGAGGAGAUGUCCAAGCUCUAUCCGCGCAUCCAGUUCGAGAAGAUGAUCGUGGACAACACCACCAUGCAGAUGGUCUCCAAUCCUAACCAGUUCGACGUGAUGGUGACGCCGAAUCUCUACGGAAACAUCCUGGACAACAUCGCAUCGGGCCUGGUUGGCGGCGCAGGAGUCGUCGCCGGCGCCUCCUACUCCUCCGAUCACGUCGUCUUCGAGCCCGGCGCGCGCCACACUUUCUCCGAGGCGGUGGGCAAGAACGUGGCCAAUCCCACGGCGAUGCUGCUGUGCGCCGCGAAGAUGCUGCGCCACGUGAACCUGCAGCCGUACAGCGACCUCAUCCUCAACGCCGUGUCGUCGGUGCUGACGGCGGGAAAGGUGCGCACCAAAGACCUGGGCGGCCAGUCCACCACCAAUGAGUUCACCUUUGCCGUGAUCGCCAACCUACAUUAGAGGUCACACUUUCGGUCGGGGAAUUGCCAGAAGAGAAAGCUAAUUUAUCUCCAUUUGUUGAUCAAUGGUCGAAUAAUAUUUAUUUAAUUGUUGACGAAUCACACCAAGAGUAUUGAGUUGUACUUACUGUUGCCACAAAAUCUCUCACGUCGAUCCCACGGAGUCGUGAUAGCCAAUAAAUGACUCGAUGUGAUGUUCAGAA